GAGAGUGAACGCGGUGGCAAAUAACAAGUGGAACUUCAGCUUGAACUGACUCGCUUUAAUAACACUGCUAAUGCCAGGAACUCUGCAAGUGCGAGUGAAUGUCACGUUCUAGUACAGACCAGCUCUGGGACUCUUAUCAGUGUUAAUGGAACUGAUAACUUUGUUGUGCGGUAGUUAACAGAUAAAGAGAGGCAACAGGUUUAGAAUCUCAUCGUACACUUGGAAUACGUUUUUUUUUCUCUCGCUCUCUCGCUUUUGCCUUCAAUUUGAAUGCUGUACAAAAUAAUAAUAAUAAUAAUAAUAAUAAUAAUAAUAAUAAUAAUAAUAAUAAUAAUAAUAAUAAUAAUAUUCUCAUCACAGAACUGCUCAAUAAAGUUGGUUUAAUUCUCCUGUGCUUAACUAGAACAUUUCUUCUCAGUCUUAGUGCUGGAGUGAAGUUAACGAACAGGUAUGGAUGUUGAACUCGGGGAUUUGUCUCUAGAUAGACGUGAAGCUAGCAAACCUUUACAAUCAGAUAUUAUGAAGAGUAUGACUUCCAGUGACUACAGCAAUGGCACGCACAGCAUGGACUCCCCUUGUCCAUCAUCCAAAUCCACUACCACUGUGUUGUCAAGUACCUGGCCCCUGCAGAAGCGUUACUCCAGCCCCUUCCUCUCAGGGCACACUGGGUAUGAGGACAGCAGCCAGUCGCUGCUGAGACCUGCUGGGUUACACUGCUCCGAGUCCUGGGAAUCCUCGUUGACCACCCGCUCCUUCAGCCUGGAGACUCACACAGGCAUGCACACGAGUAUCAGUGAAAUCAUUAAAGACAAGACACUGAGGCCAUCCAGGAGAAGCAUGCCCUGCCUGCCUCAGAGCCAGACUCACCCCCAGAAUCUGAACAAACUGUCCCUGCACCAGCCCAGUCAGACCCAGCCGCAGGCAAAGAGCGCCGAGCCAUCCUCCGUCAACAUCUCCUGUGAGAAAGAUGGAGGAAAGGAUGUGUAUAUAGAUGAAUCGGAACAAGGAAACUACGACUUCCGGACGGAUCAGUCCCUCUUGAUCCAAAAAACUUUGAACCGUCCAAAACUGGAAGGCCGCACAGAGUCCUUAGAGGAUAACAACCCAACUGCACCAUCAGGCCUGUUCUUUAGGGAUGGGAAGAAGCGCAUUGACUACAUCUUAGUGUACAAGAAGUCCAGCCUGCAAGUGGAAAAGAGAUGCACCUUUGAGAAGAACCUGCGAGCAGAAGGGCUGAUGUUGGAAAAAGAGCCAUCUUUGACAAACAGUGACAUCAUGUUUGUUAAAACCCAUGUUCCCUGGGAGACACUUUGUAAAUAUGCAGAUCAGCUGAACAUCAGAAUGCCAUUCAGGAAAAAAUGUUAUUUCACUGAUUGGAAGAGCAAAUCCAUGGGCAGGUUUCAGCGCAACCUGAGACAGCUGAAGAGCUGGCUGCCGAGGAACCCUAUGAAGCUUGAUAAAGAGGCCCUACCUGACCUGGAGGAGACAGACUGCUACACUGCGCCCUUCAGCCGAGCACGCAUGCACCAUUUUACAAUCAACAACAAAGAAACAUUCUUCAGUAAUUCUACAAGGAGUAGGAUAGUCCAUCACAUGCUGCAGAGGACAAAGUAUGAAGAUGGGAAAUCAAAAAUGGGUAUAAACCGAUUACUUGGCAAUGGGACAUAUGAAGCUGCCUUUCCUCCUCAUGAGGGCAGCUACAAAAGCAGACAUCCAAUCAAAACUCACGGAGCUCAGAAUCAUAGACAUCUACUGUAUGAGAGAUGGGCAAGGUGGGGCAUGUGGUACAAGUACCAGCCGUUGGAUUUAAUAAGACGGUACUUCGGGGAGAAGAUCGGCUUGUAUUUCGCCUGGUUGGGGUGGUACACUGGCAUGCUGAUCCCUGCUGCUCUCGUUGGGCUGUUUGUCUUUCUCUACGGGCUCUUCACGAUGGACUCAAGCCAAGUCAGCAAGGAGAUCUGUGAAGCGAACGACACUAUCAUGUGCCCCAUGUGUGAACGCAACUGUUCAUUCUGGAAGCUCAGUGAUAGCUGUGUGUACGCAAAGGUUACACAUCUUUUUGAUAACGGAGGAACUGUCUUCUUUGCGAUUUUUAUGGCGAUAUGGGCCACCGUGUUUCUGGAGUUUUGGAAAAGGCGACGGGCAGAACUCACUUAUGACUGGGACCUCAUUGACUGGGAAGAAGAGGAGGAGGAGCUACGGCCCCAGUUUGAAGCCAAGUAUUCCAAGGUGGAGCGAGUCAAUCCCAUCACCGGGAAGCCAGAGCCCUUCCAGCCCUUCACAGACAAGCUGAGCCGCCUCAUGGUCUCCGUCUCAGGAAUAUUCCUCAUGAUUUCCCUGGUGCUCACCGCAGUGUUCGCUGUGGUUGUGUACCGGCUGGUCGCCAAGGAGCAGUUUGCCUCUUUCAAAUGGGAGUUUGUCAAGAAGAACUGGCAGUUUGCGACGUCAGGAACCGGAGUCUGCAUCAACUUCAUGAUCAUCAUGUCACUCAACGUGGUAUAUGAAAAAGUUGCAUACCUCCUUACAAAUUUAGAGCACCCCCGUACAGAAUCGGAAUGGGAGAACAGCUUUGCUCUCAAAAUGUUCUUGUUCCAGUUUGUUAACUUGAACAGCUCCAUCUUUUACAUUGCUUUCUUCCUGGGAAGGUUUGCCGGUCGGCCGGGGAAAUAUAACAAACUGUUUGAGAGAUGGAGGUUAGAAGAGUGUCAUCCUAGUGGCUGCUUAAUAGACCUCUGUAUGCAGAUGGGCAUCAUCAUGGUUUUAAAGCAAAUCUGGAACAAUUUUAUGGAGCUCGGUUAUCCGCUGCUGCAGAACUGGUGGUCUCGGAGGAAGAUUAAGAAGGGGAGUCCCAGGCAGAGCAUGGAAAACAAAGGGAUUCUACCGCAGUGGGAUGAGGACUGGAACCUGCUGCCCAUGAAUCCACAUGGCCUGGUGGAUGAGUACUUGGAAAUGGUGUUGCAGUUCGGUUUCACCACAAUCUUCGUGGCAGCCUUCCCCUUGGCGCCUCUGCUGGCUCUGCUCAACAACAUCAUUGAAAUCCGUCUGGAUGCCUACAAGUUCGUCACACAGUGGAGACGACCAAUGCCAGCCAGGGCUACGGACAUAGGUAUCUGGUAUGGAAUUCUUGAAGGGAUAGGAGUCCUCGCUGUGAUUACCAAUGCAUUUGUGAUAGCCAUUACGUCAGACUACAUCCCUCGAUUCGUCUAUGCAUUCAAAUACGGGCCCUGUGUGGACCAGGGCUACAGGCAUGAAAAGUGUUUGAGAGGCUAUGUGAACAGCAGUUUAUCAUGGUUCAACAUGGCAGAGCUGGGCAAUGGAAAUUCAGGCUAUUGCAGGUAUCGGGACUACCGGGCUCCUCCCUGGGGCUCCCCACCCUAUGAUUUCACUCUGCAGUUCUGGCACGUGCUGGCAGCCCGCCUUGCUUUCAUUAUAGUCUUUGAGCACCUGGUGUUUGGGAUAAAAUCCUUCAUUGCCUACCUAAUCCCGGACAUGCCCAAAGACCUGUGUGACCGAAUGAGGCGGGAGAAGUACUUGGUCCAGGAGAUGAUGUACGAGGCAGAGCUGGAGCACCUACAGAAGGAGAGGAAAAAGAACGGCAAACGCUACAACCACGAAUGGCCUUAGCAUUGCACCCACAGAGCAGCUGUACACGUGAACAGCACAGGACUCGAACAGCAUUGGAGAAGAGAAAGAAGAGCUGGAAUCCAACUGGGAAGAACCUGAUCUUGGAAACCACAUUCACGUCCGAUCAAGAGUGCAUCCAAAACAGGGAUAAUUAACCAAGCAUGACGCGGAAGACAAUACAGAGACUGGAGGAUUUUAUUUUAUUGCCGAUGUGUGUUUUUGAGAAACAAAACAUAUAUACAGUAUGUACUGAAAAUCAUGCCUUGUAAUGAGCAUUAGUGUGUUAGAAACAGUCACUUGGUAUAAAUGAAGCAGUUUGACAAUUAGCCAAACUUUGUAAAAAAAUAAUAUAAUAAAAGAACCCAUUUGAAAACUGUUUAGACGCUUUGACUUCACAUUGCACUAAUGGCCAGGUGUUUGAUGCUAGCUCUCCCAUAAGCUUGGUCCCUCAGGACUUGUCCUGUUUGUGCAAUCUGAGCACUGCGAAGGGUAAUGAGUGCAAUCUUAAUGUAUACUAUGCAGAUCAAGGACUGUACAUCACCAUUAUAUCCUUUUCAUUUAAUUUACGACAUGAAAAAAAAUGCAGCUGUUUAAAAAGACCCAAAGACUUGUAUUACACACACAGUAACACAUGCUUUAGUAAUGAUUAAAAAUGGAAAUCAGUUUUUUUGUUACAUGCAUAUAUAUAUAUAUAUAUGUAUAUGAACACAAAGAAGCACAUAUGUUAUUUUUGUGGUGAUGUACAGUUCUUUUUUUUUCUUUGAGUCGGUUAAAAUCCAAUGCAUGUGCAACAGAUAUUUCUUGAGUUUAAGUUAUACCUGCAUUCAGCUUGAUAAUGAUUCUGAUUAAAUACUGUUUUCUUGUCUGAACCAAUUAUAUAGUGUUUGUUACCAGCUGUGACCGAGAAAGUCUCCUGGCUGGUUUCAUUCGGAAACAGAAUCAAGGCGCGAUGAAGGUGGUCUUUUUCAAAGGAUGUACAGUCGGAAUGGGAAGAUUACUUAGAAAUCUUUCUCUGCUCCCAGGAUGGCAUGUCAUUCAGGUGUACAGUACAUGCAUUUGUCAGAUUCACUGUUUGCCUUCAGGCUUGGGGUUUUCUACUCUUUUGGGUGAAAAUCAUGAGUCUUGCCUUACUAAAGAUCCGUCCGCUAAGAAAAGCAUAUCGUUGCAGCAACUGUUAAAUAGCAGCCUCUAUAAUGCAUCCUCAAUGCUACAAUUAGAAGAGGGGAUGUCUGUACUGUCUUAAAAACAAUGCUGACGUUAUUAUAUUUCAGCCUUCUCCUGUUGUCUACAGUACUAGACUCUUACUGACAAUAGGUUUUUUUUAAACAAUUCAAAACUUUGUAUUUUCUCAAAAUCAGUAACCAGAGAAUACACAGUGAGGACAUACACCUGUUUCAACCCCAAAAAAAGUCUCAAGCUUAGACACAGCAAACUGCACCAUAGAGUGAUCUUCCCAUUUCCAUACAGGGGGUUUGCCCAUAUAAUAGACUUCUAAAAGUUGCCGUUACAUGGUGUUUUAGUUCUAUGGUGUGUCAUAUUCGGUGCAUUUUAACAGACCACUCAUAUAAAUGACUAUGCACGUGUGUUUGCCUUCUGUAUCAAAAACAAAUAAGUAGUAGAUUAAUUGCUGUGUGUGGAAAACAAAAUAUCUGCCUUGACUGGUUCAGGGCUUCUCCAAACUGGCUAUGGACUUUACAUGUCAUGCAGCAUGCAAGCUUUUCUGAUUAUAAUGAAAGAGAGAAAGACAGAUUGCUGCAAAAUGUAUUUUCUAAACCCUUAAACAAAAUGUAUUGAGCACCUAGCCUUUUUUCAAACCACGUUUGCAUGCCUUAGAUGCAUAUGUGAAUUCUGCAGAAGAAAAAGCCUUAUUAGCAUGCCGUCUCUCUUAAAAUAAUUCAACUAAAAGAAAGCAUGUGCAAAAAAAAAAAAAAGUCUUGCUAUGGUCAGCACAACUGCAAACAUUCAGAUGGUCAUGUCCGGUCAUGUUAUGAAUGAGUCCAUGUUAUUGUCAAUGCCCCAAUGGUUUACAUUAGUGGAAGCCCCUUUUGCAAAUGAAAACUGAACCGUACACUGCAUGCAAAGAGUAGUGCAAACAGAAAUUGAAAGAAGCUUCAACCAAAAGGAAAAUCUACCUACUAAAAAAAAAUAUUAUUAUUAUUAUUAUUAUUAUUAUUAUUAUUAUUAUUAUUAUUUAAUUUAUUAGAGUAAAAUCAGAUUUAGAGAUUAUUAUGCAGCCCUAGAAUAGGAGGAAAUAGUAUACAAGAAUAAUUUGAAUUAUUUAAUUCAAUAUACAAAUAUAUAUAUUAAAAUAUUUAAAAAAAUAUUUAAAAAAAAAAAAAAAAUGAAUGCAUAUAUUGAAUAUAUAUUUUUGUAUUCAGACCAAAUAUUUAAUUGUAAUAAAUAUGCAAAACGCCUCUACUCUUGAAUGAAAAUUAAAUUUUCAUUGAUCCAGAUUUUUGGCAGGGAGAGGGGAAGGGGGUUGUCAGGCAUGAUCAAUUCCCAUCAUUUUGUGCUCACUGAAUGAAACUACUGUAGUCCCUUGAUGUUUUAUGCAAUUCAAUGGAAGUUUAAAGUCCAAACAGCAGGGGGUGCUAUUUUACCUUUCUCUGUGUUCCAGUGCUGCUUAGUGGUGUGCUGUGCUGCAAUCUCACCCGCUUUUUGCACGAUGACCCUCCAUUAACUUUGAGAUAUUGGUGGUACAUAGCCUUUUAACUACAGCAUUGCUUGAUGUGAUUUCUGCAAAAGAGCUGACCCCAUCCUGCUGUAAAUAACCCCCCCGCCCCCGCCCUUAUCCUACUGAACAGUGCUUUUCUAAACCUGUGUAUCCUUGCUAGCAAUUUAAAAGCCAUUACCAUUAGCACUAUUGAGUACUGUUUUCACUACUCCCCCAGUCAUUGUGGAGGUGGGGGGUGGGGGGGGACUGUUUCACAUACUGAAGCUGAUGACAUUGAGCGGGUAUGACCCAGAUCCCCCCCCCAACACAAAAGACACCCCAAUGAGUUCUAAGUUCCAGGGCUUUUCCGAUUGAGAUUUUGUAGAUAAGCACAGUGGAUUAGGGUUUUUACUAUCAGGCGCCUAUAUGCAUGUUCUUAUAAGAUGUAUAUUUACUGACCAUUGUUUACUUCAUUCAUGUUUACAUGUAAAAAUUGUAACUACUUAACUGUACCAUACAGAUUUGGAUAUCACUUUUUUUCUGUAAUAAAGCAAUGAUUGUAUCUUUA